GCGUCUGUCUGCGUCGGCGGCGGUGCUUACGGUGGUGGUGGUGCGCGCGUGUAUUGGGGCGGGCCGGGCCGGCGCGGAGGCACCGAAAAAUAGGUGUUAACUAUAUUUAAUAGCCGCGCCGAUUCCGUACCGCGCGCUCGUCUGCAGUUGCACGCCACAUCACAACCGUCCGGUCGCCGUCGCCGCGUAGUAGUCGUUGUCUGCUUAGUGUCGUACUCGUGUUUACCGUGUCGUUGUUGUGUUUGCCGUCGUUGUGGUCGUCGCCACCGCGUCCGUUUACGACUGUGAUUAUAUUAUAUAUAAUAUUCAUAUAUUAAUAUUAUACACUUUAGUUUUGCAGUCGGUUUUUUUUUUUUUUUUUUGUUGUCGUACAUAAGUGUUACAUCGUUCGCAUACGAUGAUGGUGUUGGACUCGGGACAAGCGUCCCCGUCGUUACGGCUGUACGCAGCGGCUGCCGCGGCUGCAGCUAACGGUUACGGAGGCACGGCCGUCACCACAUCCGGAGGUACAGGGCAACAGUCCGGCGGAGGUAGCGUCCAGAUGCCGCCGCAUCCACUGUUUCCGCACUUUGCCGCCCGUUUCCCACACGGCAUGGCGUCUGCGGCCAGCUUCGCGGCGGCCGGCCUUUCACCGUUCCUCCAGCAGCACCACGUCGAACACGCGGCCGCUCAAAGGUAUGCGAUCGCGGCAGCCGCGGCCGCAGCUGCGGCCAGAAACAACACGGUUGCCGGUCACGUGAUGUCUGCUGCCGUGCAUCAACAACAACACCACCAUCACCGACCCAACUCGGAACCUGCGAGCAAGAAACGGCCGCACAACCAUCAGCAGCAACAGCAGCAGCAUCAAUUACUGUUGCAGCAACAGCAACAACAACAGCAACAACAGCAACAGCAGCUGCAGCAGCAACACCAACAGCACAGGAUUAUUAAUAUGUCAGGCAAUCAUAGUGACGACAGUGCAUCUGAAAACGGAUCGCCCAAAAAAGGUGGAAUAGAUGGAGACAGCGCUGCAGGUAGUUCGGAAGACUUGGCCAACAAACGGCGGAGGUCUAGAACAAAUUUCAACACGUGGCAGCUAGAAGAGCUGGAACGAGCGUUUUUGGCUAGCCACUACCCAGACGUUUUCAUGAGGGAGGCUUUAGCCCUGCGGUUGGACCUCAAGGAAUCCAGAGUGGCUGUAUGGUUUCAAAACCGACGAGCGAAAUGGAGGAAAAAGGAACACACUAAAAAAGGUCCGGGUCGACCGGCACACAACGCACAUCCGGUAACUUGUUCUGGAGAACCAAUACCUGCUGAUGAGUUACGACGCAAGGAACGCGAACGUCGACAGAAAAAGUUGCUCAAGAGCUUGGAAAGACAACAGAGGAAGUUAGCUGCCAAAGGAGUGCACGUUGACUUGGACACGUUACGAAAAGAAUGGGAGUCUCAGCAAGCUAACAAUGCGGCCAAAAAGCACGGUCAGAUGGAUUGCGGAGUCGUCGGUGGAGGAAUGGGAGGAGGAAUUGACGGAGUUGGUGGAUCGUCCAACGCUGGUAUGGAUCUAUCUUUUCACGACUCGUCUAGCUGUUGCAGCGGACAGACGAGCCGAGACGAGGAGAUUGACGUGGUUGGCGAAGAGGACCACCUUUUGCAUCACCACCACCAACAUCAAAACCAUCACCACAGAAUGUUGCACCACAGGCGGAGUGCGAGCACGACGUUUGAUGACGACGAUGACGACGACGAUGAUUUGGAUGAGGACGAAGACGAAGGUCUUCCACCGUACGCGCGCUCGGCUGCGGCUGCUGCGGCAGCGGUAGCAGCAGCAGCGGCCGCUUGCCGGGGUGACGACAGCUGUAGUUCGGACGACGAGUAUGGCAGUGGACGUUUGUACAGACGACCACAGACCGGUGACGGCGAAUCGUCGCCACCACCUCCACUGUUGAACCUGACAACGUCGUCGGCAGCCACCGCGGACAAGGCUCGCCGUCUCAACCCGUUUAGUAUCGAAUCCCUGUUAGCUGGUGGAAAUCGACCAUUCAGCAUUACUGCCACCCAUGUUAACAAUAUAAACAACAAUAACAUAAAUAAUAACAACAAUAACAAAGUAUGAACUCCUUCUCUCCAGUGGUUUUAAUCACACACACUCCAGCCGUCGGUUUGUACAAACGUCGUCGUCAUCGCUAUCAUCGCAGGGUUCCUAUGUGACGUAAUAAUAGAAUAUUAUACAUGUUUUAGGUAUAUAACUGUAUUGUAGAUCAAUGGAUGACCUACUAUAUUACCACCAUAUACAUUUAUAAAAAUAUUCGUUUCACGUUUCUUUCUCUUUGAUUAAUUUGCAUCCUUGAAAACUGCAGUAAUGUAGGUAUAUACUCGUAUCUUGUAAUAAAUAAAAUAUACCUAUAAUAUGCAGCUGCAGGCGAAUAAUAUAGUUGUAUACUUUUGUUUUUGUACAUAACACAUAAUAUAAUCAGCAAGCAAUAAGCGUUACAAUACUCAAUUUAAGUUUGUUUCUAUUAUAUUGGAAUUUUUCCAAUCGAGUUUGAACCGUUUAUGUGCUAUAUAAUAUAUAUUAUACUCGUAUAUAUAUAUAUUAAGUAGAAGGAUCCUAUCAUAAAUGUAUAAACACGAUAGAGAUUAUACCCAACGACAAACUGACGAUAUAUUUUGUUAUUAAUAUUAUUUGUUAAAAAUUUAUAACAUUAUAUUCUUGUGAUUUGAUGACAAUGCUUGGACACUCCAACCGUAUCAACGCAACGCGAAAUACGUUCCAACCCGGGAAGAUUAAUAUCAUAUAAUACGUCAUAUUUAUUUAUUGUUCUUUGUAUAGUUUUAUAAUAACCUUUGUCCAUUUUAAACAGCCCAUUAGUAAGUAACAAGAAUCUAGUCAAUAGUAUAUAAUAUAUGUAUAUGUUUUUAAGUUAACACAUUGUAUAAAAUAUCGUAUAUAAUAUAUUAUUAUAUUAUAAAUUUGUAAAUAAUUUAGUUAAGACACGUUUAUAAUAGCGAUUAUAAUUAACACUGCGAACAAAAUGUAUACUUGUAUAAUUUAUUUGUUAAACAGCGCACGAUAAAAUGUUGGCAUAUCUGUAAAUUUAAACAUGUGAGUGCAAUAAGUGUUUAUAUUAUACGUAUAGUCUCGUGUAGGGUGUAAAUCGGAAAAAAACGUAUUAUAAUAUUUUAUUAUAUAUAUUAUUAUUGUGAAUAGAUAUUUCUUAUUGUUUUUGUCCACUUGUCGUAGACAGACCCUCUCAUAUGUUGUUAAGGUAUACAAACUGCAGUGGAAAAGACGUACGGAAGAGAAAAAUAAAACUUAUCGUUUUUGAUCGCUACCGUUUCGUAUUUUCGUGUAUACCUAUAUAUAUAUAUUACGUGCAUCGAUCCCUUAUUCCGGAAUGACUUGUAUAAACGCAUUUUUACGUUAAGGUUUUUAUUAUGUUACGUAUACGAUUGUAUUAUAAAAUGAAAUAAUAAUCAUAAUAAUAAAAAAGUUGAAUUAUUAUUAUUUUUU